AUGUCUACAUCUGAAACGGACGAGUUUGCUACGUCGUCGGGUCAAUAUAAUUUAAGAAAAAGGAAAGUAACCACGAAGAGGAUGCGUCAAGAAUCUGACACUACAACAUCGGCAAAAAAA